UCAAUUGAGGAGAAACGCAGUAGCAACCCAAACAAGGGUUUGUUUUGUUAGCUUCGUGAUCGAUUCUCACUACGGGCGAAAGAUAGAGAGAGCAAUAGAAGAAGGAGACGUUUUUGUUCUGCCACAGGAGCGAACGCAUCGCUGAAGCUGAAACGCUUGCGUUUCGCAACGGAGUGAACUAGUUGCUGAGGUCACCCAUGGCUCUUCCACUCGGGAAACUCACCAUUCUCGUCGGUGCAGGUAUUGUUGGUUCUGUAAUUGCAAAAGAAGGGCGCAUGCCAGAUGUCUCUGGUCUUGUAUCUGGUGCGUUCAAGAUGGUUUUGAAGCAACUUAAAAGCAAUGAUUCUGCUCCACCUGUUAAAAAGCCACAUAAUGAUGCUUUGAUGGCACAGGUUAACAUUCUUCAACAGGAACUACAGCUUCUUGCUAGAGACAGAUCGAUCACUAUUGUAAAUGCAAGUGGAACAGGUGCAAGAAAAUAUGUAACAGUCAUUGUUAUUGUUGUGUUAGGAUAUGGAUACAUUUGGUGGAAGGGAUGGAAGCUUCCUGAUAUGAUGUUUGCAACAAGGCGUGGUUUAUCUGAUGCUACCACAUCUAUAGGUAAUCAGAUGGGGAAGAUUUAUGAAUCAAUGGAGGAUUCCAAGAAGAAGUUAUCUGCAAGAAUGAACCGUGUGGAUAAAAGUUUAGAUGAAUGUGCUACCCUAACUGAACAUACCAGGAAGGAUGUAUCUGCAAUACAACGGGAUGCAGAUACAAUGACGGGAGAUUUCAAUUCUUGUCGUGCUGCGGUCCAUGUUCUGGAAUCUAGAAUCAAAGAAGUAGAAGGGAAACAGGCUACCACAAUUGAAGGAGUACACGAGUUGGGUCAAUAUGCCUUGAGUUUGAAGAAUAGUAGAACAACAGAGUAUAUUCAGGCAUCUUCAUCCAGUUCUUCCAAGCCAGCCCUUGAGCUACCACCAGUGUCACCCUCUUCCAGGGCUACACUGACAGUUCCUUCUAGGCUAUCUCUUGAGCCACCAUCUGUUACGCCAUCAUCAAGGACUGUAUCCUUACCUCUAACUAUGUCAACUGAUCCACCAUCUCCAUGGAAUUCUACUGGAUCUGACCAGGAUAGUCGUCGAAUUUCAGAGGAGAGAAGUUUCUCUAGCAGUCAUGUGGAUUCAAAAAAGAUUCCUCCUAAAGAAGACAAAACGAAUGGAUCUAGUUCUGGCUUGCUUGGGCUGAAGUUUUCAAGCGUCUAUGCUCCAAUUCUUUCUAGAACACGCAGUGCAACAGAUGCAGUAGUACAACAAACUCGUUCUACCAGUUAACAAUAAUAGAACUGACUUUAUUUUAUUUUAUUUUUUAUGUUGAUACCCAGUGAAGUAUAGAUGAUUGAACCUAUUGUGGGGAGAGAGUCUUCACCAGUUGGUGUGGCUUUUCAGAAGUUGUGCCCACCGUCAAUUACAAGUAUGCUCAAUCCAGUCUGAUUAGAAACGACUGGUCUGUGAAUUUUUGCGUAGAUGCUGUUUCUCUCAGUUCCAUUAGUAUUAAACUAAAAUAAGAGUUUCUCCAAUAUUCAACUUGAUUUGGGAAAGCUGAAAAUGGAAAGAGUGGCUAUUGAAUUGUCUUGAACUCAUUUGU